AUGGCUGAUAUUCACCAUCUCCUCGCAAAGGAGCACAUCAAUGGUGAAAAGACUAAGGAGCUGAGUGGUGUGGAACUCAGUCUCUCAGCCAUGGCUUGCUAUCCUUUUCCUUACAUGCCAUCCUUAUGGGAAAACCGCGGCACCACCUCGAUUAUCCCUUUCUCAUACGAUACCAGAGAAAACAAGAGAAUGAAACGAGUUCCAAGCUUCCAGGAAUUUAUUCCGAGCAAUAAUACGCCUUAUAAAGGUGGAGGAAAUAAUGAUAGUAAUGACACUUCCAACAGCAGCAUGAGCCGCAGCAGCAGUACUAGUAGCUUAAGUAGCAUGCAGACGCUGCAAUUUCGCGAUCACAUAUGGACUUAUAAACAAAUAUAUCACGCAGCAGAGGCGGUCGAAGAGGCUGCAGCUGCUAUCAUGGAAGCUGCUGAUCAAGAUAACAGAGCUACAGAAGAAGGAGAAGCCGAUGAAAUGAGGCUUGUCCAGCUUCUCAUUGCUUGUGCAGAAGCUGUUGCUUGUCGAGACAAGUCACAUGCCUCUGCUCUGUUAUCCGAGCUGCGAGCCAAUGCUUUGGUCUUCGGCUCUUCCUUCCAACGGGUAGCUUCAUGCUUUGUCCAAGGGCUAGCUGAUCGCCUAGCCAUGGUAAACCCACUUGGGGCAGUCGGUUUCAUUGCACCACAACCACCACCACCACCUAAGAUGAUGAACAUUAUGGACGUUGGAAUAUCAGAAAAGAAAGAAGAAGCUUUACGCCUUGUUUAUGAAAUUUGCCCACAUAUUAAAUUUGGUCACUUCGUUGCUAACGCUUCAAUAUUGGAAGCCUUUGAGGGAGAGAGUUACGUCCACGUCGUGGACCUGGGGAUGACCCUUGGUCUAGCACGUGGACAACAAUGGCUUGCGCUUAUCCAAAGCCUAGCCGACAGAGCCAACACACACCAACCACCGAAAAGACUCAGAAUCACAGCGGUUGGGCUCUGCAUUGAACGAUUCCAAAUGAUAGGAGAUGAGCUAGAACUUUUCGCAAACAGUGUAGGGGUCAACUUAGAAUUCUCAGUAGUGAAGAGUAACUUAGAGAAUCUGACCACUAAAGACAUCAAAACUUCAAACGACGAAGUUAUUGCGGUGAACAGCGUACUCCAGCUCCAUUGCGUGGUCAAAGAAAGCAGAGGAGCUCUCAAUUCUGUACUCCAAACGAUUCACGAACUCAGUCCUAAAGUCCUAGUUCUGGUCGAGCAGGACUCGAGCCAUAAUGGGCCUUUCUUUCUUGGAAGGUUCAUGGAGGCUCUUCAUUACUACUCUGCAAUCUUUGACUCGUUGGACGCCAUGUUACCCAAGUACGACACCAAAAGAGCUAAGAUCGAACAGUUCUACUUCGCUGAGGAGAUCAAGAACAUAAUCAGCUGUGAAGGCCCAGCUAGAGUGGAAAGGCAUGAGAGAGUGGACCAGUGGAGAAGAAGAAUGAGCCGGGCCGGGUUUCAAGCUGGGCCCAUUAAGAUAUUGGGCCUAGCAAAGCAAUGGUUGGGCCAGAUAGAGGCCUGUGAAGGGUAUACUGUUGUUGAAGAAAAGGGCUGCAUUGUUCUUGGGUGGAAAUCUAGGCCCAUUGUGGCUGCUUCUUGCUGGAAAUGCUGAGCCCAUUUCCUCAUCUCAUCUGGAAAAACGACAAUGAAAAAUGUGUGCUUCGAAUCAAAUCUUUUUUAUUUUAUUUUGCUUAUGUUGUGUGAAAAUAAUAAGUAAUGCCCAAGAUUCAAUGUGAGUACAAUAUUGAAUAUUGCUCUGUUUUUUUGGGUGGUCAAAACACAUUAAAU